CAAGUUCACUUUCUUUCAACCUCAUCCAACUUUCUUCGCCACGACCUUCAAGCCACAACAUCCGGAAAUCAUGGCAUCCCUCUCAGCCCUCUCUAUCCUCUUUGGACUGACCAAAACGGUCGCAGCACACGGUUGGAUCGACACCUGGACCAUUGCAUCACAAAACUACACUGGGUUCAACCCAACCAACGCCCCCUGGGAUGCGGUCCAAAACACCAUAAGCUGGCCUGCGUGGAACACGGACCUAGGCCCUGUCUAUGGUGAUCGCGUCAACCACCCAGAUAUCAUCUGCUCAAUUAACUCAACCAAUUCAAAGUUAUUCGCCGAUCCUAUCACUGCAGGAUCUUCCAUCACUCUGCACUGGACUAAAUGGCCUGACUCCCACAGAGGACCCAUCCUCGCGUACAUCGCAGCCUGUGGCAACGGCGACUGCGCGACCGUCGACAAGGAGUCGCUCGAGUGGAUCAAGAUCGCAGAAGAAGGUCAGGUAUCUCUUGGUCCUGGUGGUGGCACACCUGGCAUCUGGCCCGACGAUGAGUUACGCAAGAAGAACGGUUACUGGAAUGUCAAGAUCCCCGCGUCGAUUCCGGCCGGCGAGUAUGUGCUGCGACACGAGUUGAUCGCGCUGCACUCUGCGUAUGCCAUUGGCGGUGCACAGUUCUACCCGCAGUGUGUUAAUAUCCGUGUCGAAGGCGGCGGGGAUGCGGAGUUGGUUGGUGUCAAGGGAACUGAGCUUUACACGCCUGAUCACCCCGGUGUGCUUUACAACAUCUAUAACGAUGAGGCUAGCCCGGUUUAUCAAAUCCCGGGACCGAAGUUGUGUGAGUUAUUGCUUUGA